AUGACGCUGAAGAACAGGAGGAGGUCCUGCCAGAGACAUCGCAGAAAGAAGAAGAUUCCGGAGAAAAGUGGGGAUGAUCGCAUGAUGUCCGCAUUUUGGCAUUGGGGCACGCAUUCCGGUAUUCCGUACUUGGUAAAUGCCGAAUGCUUAUCUAAAGUAGUUUUACAUAAAUUUUCUGCAUUUCCCGUGCCGGCCGUCGAUAACGAACAUCACAAAUGGAUCGAUGCAGAUCAGAUCAAUACUUUAGCUGCUCUUGGGUUAAUUACAAUAUCUCAUGGUAGAGUCUGUCUUUAUCUAAGCAGUGAGACAACGGUAGACAAUUUAAAUACCACUAAUAAGAGCAUCAACGUAAACAAUCAUACACUCGAAUUACGGCCACUUCUUUCCAAAGCUAAACGUGUGAUACUUUCUAACGUAUGUCCAAUAAUUCCACACAGUGUCAUUGAAGCAAAAUUGCUGGAAUUAAACGUCACGAAAAAGUCUCAAAUAUCUUUUAUUAAAGCAGGAAUGAACGACCCUGGGUACACUCACAUACUCAGCUUCAGGAAACAAGUGUAUAUUGAGCCGGAAGAUAUAAAUAAAUUGCCAAACAACGAAGGUGUCCACGACAAAGGACCACAGAUCGCCCCCCAACAGGUCGUUCCUUCUUCCACCCCAGAGGUUACUCCUUCAGAAAAUUCAGAGAAAAUCCAAAACAUUUCACCUCCUAAUCAAGAAAAAAUAGCAUUCAAAAUUCCUAGUGUCGGAGGUAUAAAACGCGCCCUUUCGAGUACCAGUUCUUCCAUUGAUGGUGCAUCAGAAAUCAACAUAACAGAUAAUUCCGCGAAGAUAAUCAAGGAAAUUACAGAAAUAGAAAAUUCAGACAGUAAGAAGCCAGAAAAAAAGAAAACGAAAAAAGUUGAUCUCUCAUUUGAUAUUAGAGAACAAUUAGAACUAGCAAAAUCAUACAUCUUGAAAAUCUGUCCAUCCUUACAGUUAAGACCUACUGUAGAUAGAUGUAGAGCGCUUUGUAUCGCUUGUAAUAAAACUAUCAGAUGUUGCAAAACCGAUGUAGACAAUCACGAAAAAACAAAUGUACACCACAAAGCGAAACGAGCUGAAAUUAAAUUAUCUGCAUUUUUCGCUGAACAUAAUGUAGCAUUUUGUACCGUAGAUCAUUUGAUACCAUUAAUAAAAGAUAUUUGUAUUGAACCCGAAGUUGUACAGGAUCUUUCACUUGCUCGACAUAAGUGUGCAAAAAUUGUCACAAAUGUAAUUGCCAAACGCGAAAUUGAGAAUAUAAUUGAUUGUUUAAAAACGUGUAGAUUUUCGAUUUUAAUUGAUGAAAGUACGGAUAUUUCCGAUACAAAAUUAAUGUGCGUGCUGGUGAGAUAUGUGUCACCAUUAGAUGGUAGCAUUAUAACGCAGUUAUUAGAAUUAUUACAAUCAGAUGCUACCGAUUGUUCCGCGAUUCGAGAGAUGCUUGUAGGUCUACCUUUACAAGAUCCUUUUUUUAAACAAUUACAUUUUUUAGAUCCAAAAAUAGCUUUAUAUGAUGAAGAACUAGCUUUUGAAUGGCGAAUUUCACCAUCGUCUUUUGAUGACGACGAUAAAAAAGAAUUAAUUGGUUUAACUUUAGAUAAAAUGUGGAAACGUAUUUUAGAUGUUACAAAUUUCGAUGGGGAAAAAAUGUUUCCAAAUUUAAAAUCAUUAGUUGCAAUAGUUCUUUCUUCACCCCACUCAAACGCCGAAGCCGAGCGUAUAUUUUCUAUUGUAACCGACGUCAAAAAUAAAAUAAAAUAA